AUGCCCCCACGACGAUCCCGAGACAGCGAUACUAUCGUUGUUGAUAAAGAUGGUGACGAUGAGUGGGCAGCACCAUCUUCACCUGAAUCAAUAGGAUCUGAUAUUGAUUUCGCACCAAGAAACAAAAUGGCGGCCGUUAGUCCUCAAAACCUCGAGUCGCCUGAGCCAGAGCUGGCUGACGAACCUUCGAUCGCGACGCCCAGUUCAGCAUCUAAACGAUAUAGCCCCAGCACACCUCCGAAGUAUUUGAAUCAAAUUUCAUUCAGAGAUCCAAACUCAUCAACAAUGGAGGAAAGAUUACAAAUGAUGCCUGCAAAACGUUCUUUGCCUUGGAGGGAAGGAGUCGAAGCGGGCUCUGAGAUCGAGACUGGAGGAGAUUCCCGUAGGAAACAAAUUAGAUUUGGCUGUUUGCUUGCUACUCGAGGAAAUGUAGUUGAGGAUCCUUGCCUCUCAUGUGCCAAUGCUCGGGGAAAGUUCACCUUAUGUAUCGCGCUGCCAGGAUUUUUCAAGGGAGCAUGCGCUAGCUGUCAAUUAAGUGGCAGACCAAACCGUUGCAGCAUCAAGACUAAUGAAGAGAUCGAGCCCGAUGAAUUUACUGCAGAAGACGGAAUUCGCGUGACUCCAGAACCUGAAUCUUCAAGUGCACGGAGAGCAUCAGCAAAGAAUACUGUCAAACAGACGCCAGAUAAGUCUAGUACAAAAAAUAAGUCUGAAGAAAGCAAUCAUUCUGGUCCGCCAGCAAAGAAAGCCCGUGUCGAAGAACCAGAAAAGCCAAUUCAAACGGGAUGGCAAGAACCUCCUGUAGUAGACACAGGUUUGGGAUCUACAAAGACGCGCGGAGGACGCCCACCUCGUUCAUCUUUAACCUCAUGGGCACCUGUCAAUUCUCCACACAUGGCUACGCGUAACUCGUCCACACCCAACACUCGAAAUGGUGGUUUACGCAAGUCUGUUGGCAAAUCUGCUGAGAAGGAAUCGACCGUCAAGGAACCAACCAGAAAACCAAGCAAUACUCCAAGUGCAAGUACUCCUCAGUCAGCUCCAAGCAGACCGGCAUCUACAACUUGGGCUUCUGUCAACCAGACUCAAGCAGGAUCCCAACCUACAUUUCCAAAUCUACCCAGACCACAAAUUCCAAAACCACAACAUGAGCAGUCCAAGCCAGAGCAACAACAAGAUAAACCAGACCCGAAGCAAGCCAAACCACCACAAUCUCAACCUCCUCAACCUCAAGCUCAACAGCAGCAGCCGCCUCAAACUAGACUACAGCAACAUCAAGCUCAACAACAAGUCAUCAUGAGUAAUGGAUCAACUAUAUCGCAACCCCCACCCCAGAAAGCGGGCAACAAACGUCAACAACGAGAAUACCAACCAACUUUUGUCACUACCCCGAACGGACUAAGUUUUGCCGCGGCUCCACUCAUAGAAACUUUGCCAAAGCGAAAGCAAUUACAGCUAAUGGGAAUUAUCAGUGGUCUUCAAGGAGGUAUUGACAAUAUCCAGAGAGAGCUUAAUACGUUGAAGAAAACACUUGGUGUGGAGGAUGAUGAUAAUUGA